AUGGACGAUAGAAAAACCCCAAGCUUUUUAAUUUCUGGAGAUGUCUCAGCAAUUGACCCAGAUAUUUCAGACGAUUUUUUUCGGCCAAUUGGAAAUGAUAGAGGAGAUGAAAUUUUGGUGGUCUCAAUCGAUAUUGGAGAUGGCAGGCAUGAUCAGUUAAUUGUUUGUGAAAACGAUAAUCCUGAAGAUAUUGUAUUUGAGUUUUGUGAAAGAAAUAAUCUGAACGAAUCAAUUCAUUUUGCUUUACUGCAGCAAAUUUUAAGCAUAAUCCCUGAAGAAGCUUCUACAACUGUUACUCCUAAAAAAAUUAGAAGCUCUAUGAUGCACAAUGGAUUCACAAGUGCUACAUCUGAAUACACAUAUCGUCCUAAGAUUAACAAUAACUCCAAAAAAAUUGUUAGUGAAAAGACAAAACAAAAUGUCUAUGAAAGACUUUAUAAAGUAAAAGCCAAUAAAAACUCCAAGCUUGAAGAGACCUCAACUAAGCCAAAGCCUGCUACUUUUAAUGCAAAAAAUGAAAGUGCAGGAAAGCAGCUGUAUUAUAGAGGAUUAACGUUGCAACAAAAAACGAAAAGAUAUGUAGAACGUUUUUUAGAUUUAGAUUUAUUACGGUUAUCGCCCUUCUACAGGACCAAUUAUCUCCAUCAUCUUCAACUAUUUCAAAAACACAAAUUUUCUUCAAUUUUCUUCAUUUUCUUCAUUUUCCCUCAGCUUUCUUCAAUUUUCUUCAAUUUCCCUGCAAAAACCUCCGUUCUUAAUUUCAAAUAGCCUCAACAUGUUAACGACUUCCUUCUUCAAUGCUUCGUCAAAUCUACCGCCAUUUUUCCCAUUCCUCCAUUUUCUCGCGGGCAAUUUUUUGUGCAUACGCUUCUCUCUAGCCACCACUUCAUCAAUACAGUCUUCAGUUCUAUCUUUACCUCCAUCUCUGUUUACUCUAUUCUCACUAGUCAUCACACUUUCACAAACCUUAGCAUGGCUUUCAUCAUCUAACGCCUCUUUCUCUUGAUGCAAUGCCCAUGCGUAUUUCGCACAAAUUUCUUUUUCUGAUUCGCAAUACUUACAGUCUUCAUAAUCUUCAUAAUCUUCAUAAUCUCCAUAUUCUUCAUAAUCUUCAUAAUCUUCAUAAUCUUCAUAAUCUUCAUAAUCUUCAUAAUCUUCAUAAUCUUCAUAAUCUUCAUAGUUUUCAUAAUCACCAUAAUCACUACCAAAACAAUCCUCAGCACUAGGCUUAUAAUUUUCUAUAUAAUCAUCAUAGUACCUAGCGUCUUCUUCAUCUGACCACAUCUCACUCUUCCUGAUCUCUUCUCUUUCUUUAAGCUCUCCGUUGAAAGUGGCGCGGGAAAUUUGCUCUGGCGCAUAAAUCGCUUUUGCAAAUGAGACUCACGCUGCGUGGUUUGGCUGGAAUCUCAGUUCUGCAUCUGCAAAAGGAUUUGGCACUGUAAUUUCUGGCGAUUUGAUAAAAUUUUCAGCUCUUGAUUUCUUAAACAAAAAUAAAAAUUUAUAUAUGUAGAACGUUUAAAAAAAGAAAAAUUGGAACAAGAAAUGAGGGAGGUUACUUUUAAACCUAGAACAAACUCCAGUGGUGGGAUUAGAAAUAAAACUCCAGAGAUACAAUUAUUGAAAAAACAUCAAGAAAGCAAUGAAAAAAUUAAAAAAUUAAAACUUGAAAAAAGAAGAUCAGAAUUAGAAGGCUGCACCUUUACCCCAAAAACCAAUACAAAGCGAAGUGCUCGAAAACUAAAUCAAUCCGCUGAUAAAUGUAUAGAAUUGUAUAAAAGAUCAACAUCUAUCCAGACACAAAGAGAAAAGCGAGCUUAUGAAAUGUAAAGAAUAUUUAGGCUAAAGUUGACAUGUCCAUUUACACCUAAAAUAAUUCCAUGUCCAAGCAGUUCUAAAAAUACUAUAUUUUUUGAGAUUACUACAUCUUAAAUCUACCAUGGUGUUUCCAUAUAAAAUGUAGAAAUUAAGGUAUAAAAUUAAAAAUCUUGUGCUCGCUCAUUCAAUUUGAUAUAAAAGAGAUUUGGAUUUCACUUGUGGCAAAACACUAGAUGAGUAUAUAGAAGAGAAAAAACAAUAUCAAAAAACAGAUCUAAAAACAAAUCAGCCAUGGUUUACACCAAAAACAGGAAGACCUCCAUCACAUAGAGAUAUCAGUCCAGGCAACAUUUGGGAUUAUUUAUAUUCUAAAACUUCACGAUCAAAUAGUCUUGAACCUGAAAUAAAGCCUAUUUUAACUGAUGAAAAUUCAGAAAAAAUUAUUUCAACUAUUAAAAGGGUCAGGUUUUUUGAUAUUUUCAGCCAGCUUGGGCCAGAUGAAUCAGGAAGAAUCAGCUCAGAAACCAUUAAAAAAUCAACUUUACAGUCUACCAUCAGAGCUAUUAUCGAUCCAUUAAUUACAGAACUAGCCCAACUAAAUGAAAAUCUUGACUUCGAAGAAUUUUAUGAUUCUAUGAACGCUCUUUUUAGGAGGCUAACUCCUGGAGAAAGGAGCAUUAUUUUAAAAAUUCGUAAAUCGAAAGAGAUUGAUGAAAGCAAUAAGCUUGCUAAUAAAUCGAGUCUUUCAAGAUCUUUUAGUGCUUCAGGAAUGUAUGAAAGGGAAAAGAUGAGAGUAAAAAUGCUGACUGAAAAAUUUGAUGAAAUCAGAGCAGAAAAGCAAGCUGGUUAUAUUAGUUUAAAUUCUAGCAAUUCUCUGGAGACUAUUUUAGCACUUAUCCCUUCCUAUGGUAACUUAGGGCGCAAGUAGUAUUAGUUUCUAGUCUCACACCACACCUUUCCUGUCGAUGCCAGUAAUCUCUGGGGAACCGACCAUACUUGGGUCAACUUUCUUUGACUGGGCAGACUUAGGACAUGAGGAAACAUCCAUAACCUCCUUCUGAACUAUAGGGGUUUCCCCUAUACCUUGUAUUUAUUAGGCGUAUAAUGCUUUCCAGAAAGUGUGAGCCAAUGUUGCACCUUGACAUCAUCUGUGGACAAGGAAAAAGCCUGUUUUGGGGUUCGAACAGGCAAAAACCUGUCUGGAAUUUUCUAAAAAAUGGAAUCCACUUGCCUGAGACUUAGAUCAACUCAUCAGUCACUCAGAACCUUUUUCAACUCGUCAUCUUUAUAACUGCUAAAGAAGCUGAAGAAAUAAAAAAAUGUACAUUCAAGCCAAAUAUUCAUAAAUGAACACCAACAAAUUCAAGCAGAAGAGUUCUACAGUCUUAG